CAACAAAAUUAACACAUUUCUUUAAGAUGAGCACAGCAGUUGUUGACACAUCUCUGUAGUGGAGGAAUUGAGGGACUUUUUUUUAGUUUUAUUUUAGCUAGAAUUUAACCUUUUGACAUUAACCGAUGGAAAGGCGUUGGCCUUUACGUGUUUGACGAUUGAAGCAGCAUUCUGAGAGGAAACUGGAAGGCAGUAACGUUGUUACAUCUGGAAGUAUUGGGUCGGAAGGUCCUGCUGCUGUGUGUGUGUGUGACCAGCAGUGACCGUGACCAUGCUGUGCUGGGGAAACGCCUCCUACGGACAGCUCGGCUUGGGCGGGAUUGACGAAGAGAUCGUGGUUGAGCCGUGUAAAUGUGACUUCUUUCACGGGAAGCUGGUGAGAGAUGUAGGGUGUGGUCGCAAACACACGGCUUUCCUACUGGAGGAUGGGACGGUGUACACCUGCGGCUGCAAUGAUCUGGGCCAACUGGGACAUGAGAAGUCCAGGAAGAGACCAGAACAGGUCGUGGCCUUGGAUGCACAGAUCAUUGUGGCCGUGUCGUGUGGCGAGUCGCACACACUCGCCCUGAACGACAAAGGACAGGUGUUCUCCUGGGGUCUGGGUUCAGACGGACAACUGGGCUUAAAUAACUUUGAGGAAUGUGUUCGAGUCCCUCGAAACAUCAAAAGUUUGUCUUAUAUCCAAAUCGCCCAGGUGACCUGUGGGAACUGGCACUCCAUCGCACUUUCCAGAGGGGGUCACAUCUUCUGCUGGGGCCAGAAUCGGUACGGUCAACUUGGGCUGGGGAUAAACGGGCCGGGCAUUUCCACGCCACAGAUCCUCCCGUCUCUGCAGGGAAUCCCUUUUGCUCAGAUAUCAGCUGGUGGUGCUCACAGCUUCGCCCUCACUUUCUCAGGAGCCAUUUUCGGUUGGGGGUGCAACAAGUUUGGCCAGCUGGGUCUGAAUGACACAAGCGAUCGGUGUUGCCCGGCGCUCCUGAAGUCCCUCAGAUCCCAGAAAGUGAUUUAUAUCUCCUGUGGAGAAGAUCACACUGCUGCACUGACAAAGGAGGGAGGCGUGUUUACAUUCGGAGCAGGAGGAUACGGACAACUGGGACACAACUCCACAAAUCAUGAAAUCAAUCCAAGGAAGGUGUUUGAGCUCAUGGGAAGUGUGGUCACGCAGAUUGCGUGUGGAAGGCAGCACACGCUGGCUUUCACACCCUCCUCUGGAAAGAUGAAUUCAUUUGGGCUGGGAGGUAACGGGCAGCUCGGGACCAACUCCACCUGCAACAGGAAAAGCCCGUCAGCCGUCAGAGGUCCCUGGGGCGCUGCUAAUGGAGACGCAGAGCCGAACGCAGCGCGGACCUGUUUUGUCAAGAGGAUUUAUGCUGGAGGAGAUCAGAGCUUUGCUCACUUUUGCACGAAUCUCCAGAACAUAAACGACGCGAGCAUCCAAGAUCCCCAAAGGAAGAUUUGCACCCUGACCGAGGAUCUUGUACAAAAAUGGCUGACUUACUCCCCAGGAAGACUCCCGCUGGAAAUAUCCAAUGAGAUUGAACUUGUGUUCUCCUCAGCAAGCUGCCUCAACGGAUCCUUCCUGUCGACAAGUCCUCCAGAUCACUACAGUACCAGCAGCAAGUACCCAGGAGUAGACAUGAACACGGCUCGACUCCUCCUUCACAGAGUCAUUCAGCAACAGCACCCUGAGGUUUCCCAGCAGGUUGCUGCUAGUCUGGAGAAGACCCUGAUACCCUGGCUAAGUAACUCUCCUCCAGACAUUGAAGUCCUGAGACUCUACCUGACUCUCCCAGAAUGCCCUCUGUUCAGCGACAGAAGCAAUUACAUCACAAUCACCAUCCCGUUUGCCAAAUGCAUCAUCAGCCUGAAAGAGGCAGCUCGGAGGGUUUUAGGAAACUGGUGGUCCACGUUUGAACCGCCGGUCUUCCAGCGCCUGGUGGAUGUGUACAAAAACGUGGUGGUGUAUCUGCUGCAGCUGAGCAAGAUGGGCAUUCCUGAAAUGGAGCAGAGAAUUUUCUCCUGCUUCGUGGACACGUCCCUUCGAUUCCUGGAGAUCCUGCACCAGGUGAACGAGAAAGCAGGAAACAUUCAGUACGAUAAGUUCUACAUUCAUGAGCUGGAUGAGCUGGUGGACAUCAGAAACGACUACAUCACCUGGAGUCAGAGGCAGAUGUACCCGAUGGGCCGGGACGGCAUCGUGACUCUGUGCAAGUACCCGUUUGUGUUCGAUGCCCAGGCAAAAACUGCUCUGCUUCAGACGGAUGCUGUCAUGCAGAUGCAGAUGGCAGUGGAUCAGGCGCAGUUGCAGAACUACAGCUCCAUGUUCCUGCCGGCUGUUGAAUCUGUCAACCCGUGUCUCAUCCUCGUCGUUCGAAGGGACAAUAUUGUGGGAGACACAAUGGAGGUCCUCAGGAAAUCCAAGAAUGUUGACUACAAGAAACCACUCAAGGUGAUUUUUGUGGGAGAAGACGCAGUCGAUGCCGGAGGUGUUAGAAAAGAGUUUUUCCUCCUGAUUAUGAAAGAGCUGCUUGAUCCCAAAUACGGGAUGUUUCGGUACUACGAGGAGUCCAGGCUCAUCUGGUUCUCACACAAGACCUUUGAGGACUUUGACUUGUUCAACCUGAUCGGGGUCAUCUGUGGUCUGGCCAUCUACAACUUCACCAUAGUGGAGCUCAACUUCCCUUUGGCUCUUUACAAAAAGCUUCUGAAGAGGAAACCGACACUGGAUGACCUGAAAGAGCUGACACCAGAUGUGGGAAGGAGUCUGCAGGAGCUGCUGGACUACACCGAGGACGACAUUGAGGAAGUCUUCUGCUUGAAUUUCACUGUGACAGAAGACAACUACGGGGCCACGGAGGUCUUAGAACUGGUGCCAAACGGAGAGAACGUCAGUGUCAACAAAUCCAACAGGCAGGACUUUGUCAGUGCCUACGUAGACUACGUCUUUAAUUCAUCAGUAGCGCUGCUGUUUGAGGGUUUCUACACAGGCUUCCAUAAAGUCUGUGGUGGGAAAGUUCUGGAUCUGUUCCAGCCCAGCGAGCUGCAAGCCAUGAUCAUCGGCAACACCAACUAUGACUGGGCGGAGCUCCAAAAGAGUACCGAGUACAAAGGGGAGUACUGGGCUGAGCACCCGACCAUUAGGCUCUUCUGGGAGGUGUUCCACGACCUUCCUCUAGAGAAAAAGAAACAGUUUCUCUUGUUCCUCACAGGAAGUGACCGCAUUCCCAUCUUGGGCAUGAAAAGUCUCAAACUGGUGAUCCAGCCUACCGGCGGAGGCGAGCAUUACCUGCCAGUCGCCCACACCUGCUUCAACCUGCUGGACCUACCCAAGUACACGAGUGUAGAAAUGCUCCGCGAGAAGCUUUUACAAGCGAUAGAUCAUAAUCAAGGCUUUAAUCUGGCCUGAUGGAGGUGACACGGGUUAUGGUGCCACGUUCCCACAUCAUUUCAAAUACUCCUCAAAACCAGACUCUUGUUGGAGAAGGGACUCCAUGUUGAUUUGUGUUUUUUGCAGUACUUGAUUACAGGACUCCCAUACACUAACUUGUACUCUGAAAUGCAACUGAACGUCAUAGUGAGAUGUUUAUAACGAUUGACAGGUUACUGACUCAAGAACAGAACACAGCUUGAACACUGUUGAUCCAGAAAACUUUAAACCGAUCGGUAGCGGAGAACUGAAACCUGCAGUCGCUGUUCUACAGGCGUGGUGUCUAGACGGUGUUUGACCUUUUUUGGUGUUUCUGUUGUCACGUCUGCGUAGAUGCUGUGAGAAGGGUCUGAAGGCUGGGUUGGCUGUACGCAUUAAACGAUUCACAAAUCAAAAUAAAGAUCAACCACUGGGAAAAAGA